CCAGCCAGUCAGCCAGUCAGCCGCCGGCCACAAAAGGACGAGGCGGUCGGUGUUACAGUGUGCUCAAAAGUGUGCGUGUGAGUGAGUGAGUGAAUCGGUGUCUCUCUACGCGUCCCUGGUUCUCCACUCACACUGUUGACCCUUCAUGCUGUGUUACGCCAGUGAAUAAUAAGCUGUGAACUACCAAUGCUGUGAAGGCGAUCGAGAGGAUGCCCGGCUAAGAUAAACAAAGAAGGAAGGAAGGAAGGAAGGAAGAACAUCAAACAACAACAACAACAAUAACAACAAAAUAACGACGAGAAGAGGAAUACGAGAACAAUAAAAACAACAACAGCGACAAGCAAGAAAGAGGAGGAGGAAGAACAAGAAGAACAACAACAAAUAAGAGAAACAAGAGAGCGUUACAGGAAAAGGAAAAGAGAUAGAAGAGAGGAGGAAGAACAAAAACAAAGAAGGAAGAGAAAGAAAAAGAAGAAGGGAAGUGAAGGGGAAAAAAAAGAGGACAGAGAGGGAGAAAAAGAGCAAACACAACCACAAACAAAGAAGAGAACGAAAAAAUAAGUAAAAAAAGAAGAGGAGGAAGAGGAAGAAGAAGAGGAGUCUGCGUCAAUGUGAUGCCGGAGAACACCCAGAGCAGACAAGUCCUGACGAUGGAGAUGACUGAUUCCGCUGCAUCCGUGUCCUUCGGCAAGAGGAACGGGUGCUUCGUCAAGAGGGGCGUGGCCGCUCUGCUGUUUCUCCUGUUCCUCGGCGCUCUCGUGGCCACCGGAGUGCUCGUCUACUACUUCGCCCCCCACCCCGACCCAGCAGCCGCCCAUGACAGGCACGAGAUGAGAGGGGAUGGAGUGGCCGCCGCUGGUUUUGGUGGCCUUGCAAGAGGAAGCGAAAGAGGAGGAGGAGAUGAGAAAGGUGAUGGUGGUGGUGAGCCUGAGACGCGUAUCAACCUGCGGCCGGAGGGAACCACAGAGCCAGGUGAGACGGGGAAAUCUCCAGGUAAGACAAAGGUAAAGGAUGUAAGACUGCCGCGCGCCCUCAAGCCCCUUCACUACCUGGUCCGCCUGCAGCCCUUCUUGGGGGGGAACUUCACCAUCCUGGGCUACGUGGAGGUGGUGGUGGAGGUGGUGGAGGAGACGUCGGUGUUUACUCUGCACAUGAAUGACAUCAUCAGCCGCAACGAGACGGUCAAGGUGGUGGACGCCGAAGAGAGGGACGGAGAAGGCGUAGGCAUCGCGAAACAGACCUACGACAAGGACCGAGAGUUCUACCACGCCCACCUCCGCCGCCCGCUGACCAAGGGAAAGCGAUACAAGCUGACCAUGGAGUUCCAGGGCUACCUCGGGGACGGUCUGCACGGCUUCUACAGGUCCUCCUACAAAGACGACAACGGGACGGAAAGGUGGUUGGCCGUCACUCAGUUCCAGCCGACGGACGCCCGCCGCGCCUUCCCGUGCUUCGACGAGCCCGACAUGAAGGCCACGUUCGAGGUGUUCCUGGCGCGCGAGCAGACCAAGAGGGCCAUCUCCAACAUGCCCAAGAUCAAGACCACUCCCGACCAGCAUCAGGAGGGCUGGGUGUGGGACCAAUUCAACACCACCGUCCCCAUGCCUACCUACCUCGUGGCCUUCGCCGUGAUGGACUUCGAGUCAAAGGAGGUCACUAUGGACAACGGCGUGGACUUCCGGGUAUGGGCGCGCGAGGCCGCCAUCCAGCAGGCCAACUACUCUAUAGAAGUCGGUCCUGCCACCCUCGCGUUCUUCGAGGAGUAUUUUAGCAUCCCGUACCCUCUCCCGAAGCAGGACAUGAUCGCCCUUCCUGAUUUCUCGGCGGGCGCCAUGGAGAACUGGGGCCUCAUCACCUACCGGGAGACGGCGAUGCUCUACGACCCGAUGGUGUCCUCCGUGCACAACAAGCAGCGCGUGGCGACGGUGGUUGUGCACGAGCUGGCGCAUCAGUGGUUCGGCAACUUGGUCACGCCGGUGUGGUGGACGGACCUGUGGCUCAACGAGGGCUUCGCUUCCUUCAUGGAGUUCGUCGGCACCAACCAUGUGGAGCCGGAGUGGCAGAUGAUGGAGCAGUUCCUCGAGACGGACCUGCAGAGUGUCUUCAAGCUUGACUGCCUCGAGUCCUCACACCCCAUCAGCAUCCCCGUCGGCCACCCAGACGAGAUCAACGAGAUAUUCGACCGCAUCUCCUACGCCAAAGGAGCAUCAAUAAUCCGCAUGAUGAACUUCUUCCUGACGGAGGCAACCUUCCGCAAGGGACUCACAAACUACCUAACGGACAGAGCCUAUGCCAACGCCGAACAGGAUGAUCUGUGGGACUUCCUGACAAAGGCCGCUCAUGAGGACGGGACGCUGCCUCGGGACAUGACGGUCAAGACCAUCAUGGACACCUGGACCCUUCAGAUGGGCUACCCGGUGGUCAAGGUGACGAGGAGCGAUGAUGGAACCUCCGCCACAAUCACCCAGGAGCGUUUUCUACUGGUGAAGGACCCGAACUCAACAGACACUCAUGACUACAAGUGGUGGGUUCCUCUCACCUACACGAGUAUGUCGGCGCGGGACUUCAACCAGACGUCCCCCUCCAAGUGGCUCUCCCCUACCGAAUCCUCCCUCAGGCUGCGCUCCCUGCCGGACAACGGGGAGUGGGUCAUCUUCAACCUGCAGGAGACGGGCUACUUCAGGGUCAACUACGACGAGAGGAACUGGAAGCUUCUGAUCCGCCAGCUGAAGGAAGAUCACACACUCAUCCAUGUGAACAACCGCGCGCAGUUAGUUGAUGACGCUCUCAACCUUGCGCGCGCAGACCAGCUCUCGUACUCCUUGGCCCUGGACGUGAAUACCUACCUGACGAAGGAGAGCUCGUACACGCCCUGGGCAGCCUACCUCAACAACAUGGACUUCAUCGACAAAAUGCUUUCACGCACCGGGGACUACGGAGCGCUCGAGGAGUACCUGCUCACCCUGCUCACUCCACUGUAUGACUCCGUGGGCUUCGAGGACUCUGCUGCAGACCCCCACCUGGACCAGAUCAAGAGGGUGAAGGUGCUCUACUGGGCGUGUCAUCUGGGCCACCAAGACUGUGUGGAUAAAUCCGUCCGCCUUUACAAGAAGUGGAUGAAGAAGCCCGAGAGCAAAAGUAUCAUCUCCCCGAACCUGAAGGACGUGGUGUACUGCACGGCCAUAGGGAAGGGUGGGGAGAUGGAGUGGGAGUUUGCCUGGAAGCAGUACCUCGCCUCCAAUGUGGCCUCGGAGAAAAGCAAACUACUGAAGGCUCUCGGAUGCUCCAAAAAGAUCUGGAUGCUCUCCAGGUACUUGGAGAUGGCCUUCACCAGCGACAGCGGCAUCAGGAAGCAGGACUCGCGCCAAGUGUUUCAGUCGGUGGCUGAAAACAGUGUGGGACGGGACUUGGCCUGGAUCUUCCUUAGGGACCAGUGGCUCAACAUGACAGAGUACUUGGGCAGCGGCCUCUUCACCCUCCCUUACCUCAUAAAAUCAUCAACAGAGGCUAUGAACAAGGAAUUGCAACUGGAAGAGCUCAAGUUGUUCCAGUCAACCCAUGAAGGCAAGUUAGGGACUGCCAAACGUGCUAUGUCUCAGGCUGUUGAGAGGACAGCCAACAAUAUCGCUUGGAUGAAAAACAACUACAAUGUGAUUGUGAAGUGGCUGCGGAACAAUGGAUACUCAUCCAAGCUUCAGGGUGCUUAACUGCAUGUGUGUGUGUGUGUGUGUGUGUGUGUGUGUGUGUGUGUGUGUGUAUAUGUGUGUGUGUGUGUGUGUGUGUAUGUAUCCUUUCACCUUUCUACAAUUUUAAAUUUUGAAUGAGAAUUUUUAUCUGUAGAUAACUUUACUUAGUUUCUCUUCCUCCUAAUGAUAGCUUUUAAUUUGGUUGGUCUGACUGAAAAUCCCUAAGGGAACAUUAGUUUCAAAAUUUUAUUAUUUCUUCAACAAUCACGGAGCACACCAAACUUGUAGCCUUCUGGUCAUUUUAGUGACUUUUCCCACUUGAGUAUUCUCCUUGUGUUGUAUUACAUCAACCUUUUUUUCUUAUGCUACACAUCAGACUGAUGACUUACUGCUGAAACUCCUUUUUUAUAACUGCCCUUUUAAAAGGCACUUUUAAUGUUCAAUUUUGUGAAAAUACUAUUUUUUUAAACACUGCUUGAGAUAACACAUUUUGAAGACAUACUUGUACAAUACCAUUGUCCUGUACACCAGUGUAGUACUUAUUACCUACAGUCCAGCACAAAUGUUUCUGUAGAUGACAAUUUUUAUUUGUGAAUGUAGGUUUGGAAAUAACAUGUAUAUAUUAUAUUCAGUGAUAAUAUAUCUGGUGGCCAUUUCUGGGAGAUGCAAAUGUUUGCAUUUGUUUAGGAAACAAGUAGCAGGAGAAAGGAAAGUAACUGGGCACGAUGUAAGCAUUGAUCAAUAUAACAAAAGGAAGAUAAAGGUUGACACAACCAAUUGAACCCAUGAAGGAAUCUUGGUAAUGGCCCAGUUGUAUGUAAGCAAAAAGCUAGUUUGGCACGCCACAAGCUAGACAGAUAAAGGGUGAGAGGAUGGAAUUUUAAAUAAGAAACAAAAAUGGAUUACCAAAGGUCAAAAGGCUAUGCAAUUGAGAUGUACAAGAGAGUUGUGAAAUACAGAAGUCAUGUGAAGAGCAACAAGGAAAGCAUGCUGAGCUGAGCUAGUAUGGUUAUAAUGAAGAGACGGAGGAGACACAGCUGGUGAUUAACUUUGGCAGUGAAGUUGGUGGUGAGGACAGGUGGGAUCUGGAAACAGCCAAGAGAAGUAGAAAUACAUGGUGAGUGCAUAUGAAUUAAAAAUGAAAAACAAAAUAACUGGUAAUAGAAUUGAUGACUGAAAGGGUGGAAUAGAAGCAGUUUGUAAGGCAGAAUGGAUGGUGUAGUGAAUGAUCAACGAAGCACACACUUUUAGCCUAUAAACCACCACUGCAUCAGACCUUUGUGGGCUAUGAGACACCACUUGGUGCAGGACAGGGGUGCUCUGAACCAUUGUGAGGGUCUGAAGUGAAGUGGCACCCACUUCACUGAGCAAUCUGUUCUUCUCAAACUUGUCUUCUAUUAUUUCUUGCCACUCUGAUUUUUAUUUACUUCAAACAAAGGCCACUUUGACUUCCCACUUUGGCUGCAGGAAGUGGGGAAGUGAUGAAUUUUUUGUACAAAACUAUAUUUAUAAAAUAAAGUGUACAGUUGAUCCAAAAAGUAAACUCAACUCAUACCUCUAAACUGGCUAAUCAAUUUUCUUUUUACAAGGAAGUGUGGCUGAGGAAUGUUCAGAGAAUUGUCAACAUCAACAUUUCAACGCCUAAUGGCUGCCAUUUUUAUGUUCAUAAGUUUAGCUCAUCAACUAUGUGACAAGAUAUUUGCUGUGUUUGUAUAUAAGAUCAAUAAAGUGAUAUCCAGACAUAGUA